AUGGACGAUCUGCGUCGGUUUUGCCAGCUACUUCCUAAAAUUGAGCUUCAUGCUCAUCUGAACGGUUGUAUUCGUACAUCGACGUUCCGCCAACUACUUUCAUCAACAGCGGACCAGCUUCGUCUAGAUGCAUUGGACAAGGAGUUUCAAUCGGGUGACACACAUGCGAGAAUGGCAAAUGUGUUUGAAAAAUUUGCUUUACUUCGUUCAUGUGUAACAAAUUUGGAUGAGAUUCGUCGCAUUACACGUGAGACACUCGAAGAUUUCAUUGCCGAUCAUAUCAUGUACGUGGAAUUACGAACUCGACCACGUUCGUUCGAUAAUGGAGCGAUUCCGAUGUCAAGUUAUGUCGAAGCUAUCUUAGAAACUAUGAAACAGUACAAAAAUCAAAUAUGCUCACGGUUAAUUCUAAGUAUUGAUCGAACACAAACCGUCGAUCAAGCCAUGGAAACACUGAAAUUAGCAGAGAGAUAUCGUCCAGAUGUAGUUGGCCUCGAUUUAUCCGGUGAUCCAAAUGUUAAAUCAUUCGAACGUUUUCUUCCGGUAUUCAAUCUAGCCAAACAAAUGAAUUUACCCACCACCAUUCAUAUCGGUGAAUUACCUGAUGCCGAGUGCUUACGUGAGAAUGAUCUCAUCCUUGAUUUCAAACCCUCACGUCUUGGCCAUUUUAAUUUUCGUACGAAAGAACAAGAGCAACGUGUGAUUAAAGAGCAAAUUCCUUUGGAAAUAUGUCCAACAUCGAACCUAUUAACCAUGAAACAUCCAUUGGCAAUCUGUACGGAUGAUAAUUGCUAUGUUUUGAUCAAAUUAGAUGAGUAUAUUCCGAAUCAGCCACCGAAUCCUGCCAAUUUCGGCUAUUGGCAGAACAACAGCCGCGAUCGCACUGAAAUCUCAUCCUCAAUAUGCGAGACAUAUUACACCGAUUGA